UUAUCUGCACAUCGGUGCACGUGCGCUUGGCAGAGGUGGGAUCCCAGCCAAGGAUUAUGGGAUCGCUGUCUGGAUGCAAGCAGCUGUAAUUCAGUGUAACGACUUCUGCAGUGCACAAGAGAUCCCCUGCAGCAUCACCAGCCUUCCUUGAGAAAGUUCCUGCUUUGAAUCCAGGGGGAAUCCAGCCUGUCCUCUUUGUUUUCUCAGCAAGGUUGGCAAUGGUGAACACGACCAUCUCUUUGCUUUCAUGGAACUAUAAUUUACAUGAGCACUGGAGACAAACCCCACAUUUGAAAACAAGAAGCUUUUGUAGCUUUUUAACCAUUGUUUCCUGUUGGGGUGUGAUAUCAUAAUGCUCAAAUUAAUCACUUAUGAGGAGCAGCUGUGAAUUUCCGCUGUACGAAAGCAAAGUCACUGCAGUAGGUGACUCAAUUCCACGUUUGAUGCUGUCCAAGCGAAGUGGGAAAAAACAGUGGGCACCUGACUGAGCUGCACAUGAACGCCAGCAUGCUGCCAUACAUCCUCUUCUCUUGUUUGCUGCUCUGUGUGCAAGCACAGAACUGCAGCGUCCGUGAAAUCAUCCGGCAUACAAAACUCCUGCUUCAGGAAAGUCCUCUGAGUUGCCCCUGUAGGGAGACAGCUGUCAAUUCAUGUUCAUGUCUUCCCAUUGCUGAGCCUGGCCACGAACUGCCCUGCUUUGUGGAAGGAACCGAACACAUGCUGAAACACAACAUAUCUUCCAACACAGUAGUCGAAAGGCUUAACCUAAGCUUUCAGAUUCAACUGGACAGAAAGCUCUGUGAAAGCUUGGCACAUGGGACUCAAUGCCAGUACAAGAUCAAAGGAAAUGUGAAGGAAUUUUUGACUAAAAUCCUGAGGACCUAUCAAGAAAUCCAUAUACAUAAUUUAAAAAAGCUUAAAAAACCCCCCACAAUUCUUUGA